GAUCGGCCACCUGGGAGGGCGGGUGGAUGGUUGGCGGCGGCCGCGGAGGCAAUAUUUGGGCCAUUUAGGCCUUUAUUCAUGUGGGGGGGAGCGGGGAAGGCGGAUUCGGCCACCUGGGAGGGCAGUUGGCGGCGGCCGUCGCAGCGGGAAACAUUUGGGGCACUUUUGUCCAUUUGGCCAACAUGGCCGCCCAUCUCUGGGCGGCCGUGUCUUUUUGGGCCAAUCUGGGCAUGCGCUCUGCGCAUGCCCAGAACGGCCCAAAAAGACAAGGGGAGCACGGACGCACACUUAAGGCUUUUAUGGUAUAGGAUACUUGUAUGUACCCCAAAGGAAGAGGAACUCCCUCCCCCUUCCUAACAUCAGAGAAUCUGGAGGGGAACUUAUUCUUGGAUUCAGGCAACUCGGGUAUUAUUUCUUACAUUGCCAUACAUGACACCUUUUUUUUCCUUCCUUCCUUCCUCUUUGUAAACCACUUGGGGCACUUUUGUUGGAAAGCGAUAUAUAAAUAUUCGUAGUAGCAGUAGCAGCAGCAGCAGCAGCAGUAGUAGUAGGCAAGCACUAACAUAGAUAGAAGUUAAGAGGCUAAGCCAGGUCUGCGCAGCGUAAGACCCAGGGGCCAGAUCUGGCCCUCGGGGACUUUUUUUGCUGGCCCGCAGGUAGAAAUAUCCUGCAGCAGCAGCAGUGGUGAGUCGCUCUUGGCCUUUCCUGCUGAGCAGCAGCUGUGACUUAAUGCAGUUGGCUGCUUGAGACUCUUGCCCUGGGUUAGAGCCCACUGACACCAUUUCAGCCCUCUCUUUCCUCUUGCUUUCCCCCCGACUCUGAUCCUUUGCCCCCCCCUCACUUUCAUUAACAUUUUUUAUAAUAAAUUUUAAUAUAGUAAUUAAUGUGCUGUGAAAAUUGGCCCUGCCCGCCCCCCCCAAGUCAAGGGUGGUUCCGGCCCACCGGGGCAUUUGAGUUGUGCCCCUCUCCGGCCUAGGCCCUGGUGCUCCCUGACUGCGCUCAUGGGUUUCAUUUCUGCCUCCCGCACCCCCCACUUCACAAUUCCCAAGGCAGAGCUCCAAAGCUGAAGGGGCAGAGUGAAGGUGGGAAUCCUCAGCACUGGGGAGGAAACCCCAUUUCUGGCCCUGGGCCCUCCUCUCUCUGGGCCUCAGAGCUGCAGCCUGUCAGGUGACAGCAUCUUCCCAAGAACAAAACAAACCCGUCUUCCACCCGGGAGGCAGUUCCUGCCAUAUUUCGGUGCAGACAGCCAAGUUGAGAGUGGAAGAACUGGCUCAUUGUGCAAGAGUUGUUUACCUGGAAGAGGAAGAAUGCUCCUCCCCAGCCCUCCCUUCUCCCCCGCCCCUUUGAUAUAAACGGCAGUACUUAGCAAGCAUCCAGCCACAAAAGGCAGCAGACACACACCAUGGAAGGCAAAGGGCUCGUGGCUGAGCUGCGGAGAGCUGCUAUCUGCCCUGCCUGCAGGGGUCACUUUAAAGAUCCGGUGAUCUUGGACUGCGAUCACAGCUACUGCCGGGCUUGUAUUACCCGCUACUGGGAGGAGGCGGCUGCAGCUAGGAAGGGCCAGAGUGUGUUCUCUUGUCCCCAGUGCAAGACAGUCUUUGAGAGGAAGAACCUCCGGACCAAUGUCAAGCUGGCCGUGGAGGUCAAGAUCACGCAACACCUCAAUGCCAAGACAGCCCAGGUGCCCCUUACCACCAAGUCCAGGAGGCGCCGCGGAGGGUGGACUCCCGUUACCAAGAUCUCGGAGGAAAAGGGUUGUUGUGAAGAUCAGCAUAACAAUGUACACUCUUCUGGGCUCCUUGGAGGAAGAGCAGGAUGUACAUCAGGGGAUCAGAGAAGCCUGCAGAUGUUAAAGUGGCUUGGAAGCCUCCAGUCAUCUGUUUUCGCCUGAAUCUUCUGGACAUUCAACCUGGAGCCCCUCGGAGCAGUAUUUCCUGCCUGCCAAACCUUGAAAGAGUCAACAUUAUCAGGCAAGCAAGUUCUCCGGCUCAAGCUGCAGCAUGGAGGCAUCUGGAUUUUGGGAGGGGGAACUACAAGCUAAGCCAGUAGGCCUGAAGAUCUGGACUUGAGGAUGCAUUUGCAAGAGCUAGAAAGAACCCUAUCCAAUAGGGCUUAACUUUGUAAAAUGAAAAAGAAAAAAAGAGGUGCCAGGGCUUCUCAGAAGCUUUAAGCUGCAGUUACUUCAUUGGGCGGGUGGAGACUCCUUACGCUCUGUACAUGCCCAGAGUUCCCCUUUAUUAUUUCUUCAUGUCUUCGGUGACUGAACUCUGGCACUGAAAACAGGUUCCGGGGCAGAGCCUGUCGCUAGUGAAAAUUAAUCAACACCCUCAUGACUGAUUUGAGCAGAUUUGGCUUGCCAAAUUGGGAGGACUGGCUGGUUUUGCUUAAGGCCAAGUCUUCAGAACCUUUACAUGGCCUCCUGGGAAAAUCUCAUCUUGCUGCCUCUGGAUGCCACACGGUACUGGAGAAGACUUCAAUACAAGCCAUUGAAUGAAGCAGCAGAUUUAGCAGCCCAGACACUUGGCCUUUGGAGAGGGAUUGUUGAUUCUCUAGGAUACUACUCUGGGAUUGACACAGGGAACUGGAUAACCUGAUAUCUCCUGUUGCCAUGGAGUGUUGUUGCAGAAGAGUGUGAUUUUGUGUGUAAGCACUGUAUGCAUAUUUUAUUUCAGCGUCCACUAGGAGGCAGAAGGGAAUUCAAACACAAUGGCUCAGCCAUCUGAAUCUCAAUGGCUUUCGCACCUAAUUCAGGGAGACGGGAUGACUCCCUUACCUCUGCUUCCUGUGCUGCCUGACCCUCCCCUGUUCCAUCACUGAAAUCUGUCAAUCUCUGACCUCUCCCACUAUCACACUGUUGUCUGCCUGACAUAAGACUGCAUGUCCUUUAAGCAAGGACCACAUUGCCUCUUAGCACACUGUCAGCAUUAUGUUAAAAGUUGGGUGGCAGUAGUAGUAAUAAUAAAUUCAGCAUGAACUGAUGUUUGCUGAAUAACAUCAAAAUGUUUGAGUGUUUAGUGUAGUCAUUUCUUAAAUGGUGGAACUGUUUGUUUCUAGUUAAGAGCAUAGAAACUGGAGAAAAGCUAGGAUGGUAAAGAAAUGGAGAGGCUCCAUUUGUCUCUAAUGCAAGCCAGUGUCUAAACUUAAAGCAGGCAACACCUGAGGUGGGAAACAGGAAGUUUCUUUCCCCCUACUUUCCCCAUAUCCAUAAAGAAAUCUAUCUAAUGAACAUGUUUUCUUUUCCCAACACCCAUUCAGUGUUCCCUGUAACAGAGAUUCCCAGAUGUUGUUGACUACAGCUCCUAUAAUCCCUAGCCAAAGGCCAUUGAUGCUGGGAGUUGUGGUCAACAUCUGGGAAUUCCUGUUACUUGGAAUACUGCACCCAUUCCCCCUCCCACAAUACUGUGUGCUGUUCACUAGUUUGUACAAAUGAGCAGCUUCACAAAGCAAUUAACACCAAAUUAUUUUUGUUUUUAUUUUGUGGUACUAUAUAACAGCUUUGUGUGUGUGUACAUGUAUUCAGUCCUUAAAUUUAAAAAAAGGGUGGUAUUGUAAAACCAAGGGCAAAUAAAAACUGCCAAGCAAA